CUAUUAUCUAAUGUAAUUGGGGCAUAGCUGGAGAAGAUGCACUGCCUGAGCAGAACGCCCAGGUCUUACCUGGUCAACUCGUACAGUGACGUGAAGGAAAAUGACGAGACCAGGAGGGAAUCAUACGAGGCCACCUGGCUGGACCUGGUGAUGGAGACGAGGCCAGAAUACAAAAACACGCUCGCAGAGAAAGACUCGUCAAGGAAGGAGAGUUACGAGCGAAAGCAGGUGGUUCAUUUCAUCGUCCGCAGGUUCCCCAACCAGACGCUUUGCAUCGGCCAGGAUGGGAUGACGAUGCAUGAAUAUUUCCUACCUUACAAAAAUGUUCUCCCAAUACCGAUUUUCGUGCCUCGGGACAUCACAGCUCUGCACGAGACAAACCAGGAGCCGUCUCCUCCUUAUCUGCAGUCAAUCAUGGACAGUGAGAAGAGCUGGAGUGAGAAGAGAGAACCAGUGGCUGACAUGAAAGGCAAACAGCAACUAAUCCAGCCCGACAGGGUGGAAUUCAGGACAUCAGGCCUCAUUUCACCACCAAGGGAUGCUGCCCAAAGGACAUGAUAUGCGUCAUAUCUUAUGUGUAGACUUAAACUGCUUUUUAUAGUUUUGGGACAAUAAAUGUCCAAAAGUUUGAACACCUGUUCAGCCAACUUCCAAAAAUGAAGGAUAUUAACCCUCUACUACACGCAUU